UGUUUGUGUGUGUGCUUGUGUGUGGUGUGUAUCAGUGUGUGUUUGCUGUGUGUGUGGGAGAGAGAGAGAGAGCGAAACAGGUCGUCUCUCCUUCAGUAGACUGUGAACCUGCACAGGAUGAAGCAGCCCUCUCCAGACUGAGAUAUUUCCAACUGAAGCUCAUAUUGGAGAGAGAAGGACACCUUCACUAAAAGUUCCAAAGAAUUGAGAGAAACCUCCUGCGAUCGUCUGCUGAGCUCCAGGCUGAAGUCUACUGGGGGUCAGGGCCUGCACAGCCCCAGCUGCCAUGACAGACAUCACCACCUGAGCUUUUCAUUGACACCCUAUGACAGGGGAGGAUGGGUGAUGGGCCCGUGAAAUUCAGCAGACUCUCUCCUCCUUAUCCCAUCCUCUCAUGGAGCGUCCUGUCACACCGAGCCCCUCCUGGAACACUUCACUCUCCGGCCUCCCCACCUUUCCAACCUCACUGCAUCCCAAUAUCUCUAACGUGACCCCGCCUGUUGCAAGUGUCCAAGAUGGGGUAGCUCUAAACCAAGCGUUGGCGCUGUGUGCUAUGCUUAUCAUGGAUGUGCUGGCAGUGGUGGGGAACUUGGCCGUGAUGAUUGUCAUCACCAAAACACCACAGCUGCGCAAGUUUGCUUUUGUGUUCCACCUCUGUCUGGUGGACCUGCUGGCAGCACUGGUGUUGAUGCCUCUAGGGAUACUGUCAGACCGGAUCCUGGUGGACGAGGCGCUGUGUCGGAGCUACCUCUGCUUGAGUGUGUGUCUAGUGAGUGCUGCCAUCCUCACCAUAUGUGCCAUCAAUGUGGAGCGCUACUACUACAUCGUCCACCCCAUGCGUCAUGAGGUGAAGAUGACAGUGGGGGUGGUGGUGAUGGUACUAGUGGGAAUCUGGAUUAAAGCCGUCGUUAUGUCAGUGCUGCCUCUCUUGGGGGUGCUGCUCCAGGGGAACCAGAGUCUGGGGACUCCUUCAGUCCUCAUUCACGGUCAGAGACACUGCUCCCUCCACUGGACGGGAGGCGGAAUCACACGGCUGGUUUUCAUGGUCUUCUUUACAUUCAUCUAUUUUCUGUGCCCCAUGUUGAUCAUUCUGGUGGUCUACUGCAACAUGUUCAAGGUGGCACGAGUAGCAGCCAUGCAGCACGGCCCCCUUCCUACUUGGAUGGACACGCCGCGACAACGGUCCGAGUCCAUCAGCAGCCACUCCACUAUGGCAGCCAGCCUUGGUGGAACUGGUGCCCGCACCACCCCUCAGAGGACCUUCAGUGGUGGGAAGGCUGCAGUGGUCCUGGUGGCAGUGGGAGGCCAGUUUCUCUGCUGCUGGCUGCCAUAUUUUUCCUUCCAUCUCUACUCGGCUGUGGUGUCUACCUCUCCCACCUCACUGGCCCAGCUAGAGGAUGUAGUCACAUGGAUUGGCUAUUUCUGCUUCACCUCCAACCCCUUCUUCUAUGGCUGCCUAAACCGGCAGAUUCGUGAGGAGCUGAGCCGCCACCUGGCUUGCCUCUUUAAGCGGGCUGGGCCUAGCGAAGGGGAGCAGCUGCCCAGCCGCGAGGCCUCUAUUGAGGAGAACUUUUUGCAGUUCCUUCAGGGCACUGGAUGCAAUCUGGAGCCCUGCAACUCUCACAGCCCAGAGGAGCCAGAGACUGAAGUUCUUCAGGAAUCAGCUGUUCAGCAGAACACGCCAGCUGACUUCCACAUCCCAGGGCAGAUCCUUGAGGAAACCUCAGAGUUCAUACAGCGGCAACAGCUAAACAAUGAGCUGCAUGUAUCAGAGAACUGCUGCAAAACUGUACCAGAGCUGUAGCUCAUGUACUGUCCAUGCCAUCUAUAAUCCAAUAAAUAUACUUUAGUUUCAUUCUUAUUUUCUAAGACUUGUUGAAUUAAUACAUCUCUUGUUCAUGCAACAGUGCUUUUAAGUUAAGAAAUAUAAUAAUAUUCCCAACAGUCAUGACACUGCAGCAUUACAUGUUUUGAAAGCCAUAUAGUGUCGGGUUGUUUCCUGUGUGACAUUAGCAGAUGGACACUAAACCCUUGUUGUGUUAAUCAUGGGUCAGUGCAGUAACAAACAUUGCAUAAACAACAUAAAGAAGUGCUAAAACUUUUUUUUUAAAUAGUUUAUGGGAAACUAUGAGAGCCAUUCAAAGACAUUUUUAAAUGAAGACAGAAAAGUGCAGUUCUGAUAAGCACUUCUUUAAAUAUUUAACCAUUUUGCAUUAAAAAGUCAGGUUCUGCAUCAGGCAUUACAAUAAAAUAUAACACAUAGGUAAAAUAUUCCCUAAUAUUUGUGUUUUAAGAUUUAAGGAAGUCCCGACUCAACUAUCAGCUCAAGUUGACUCAGUGAUACAGUAGCUUCUCCAAGACCGAACAGAUGUUUUAUUGAUUUAACCUAUGAUGUAACCAUAAUUGUCUUCCCUCUGCCCCUCUACUUAGGCACUAAUUCAUCUCCAACAAAGUGUUAUUUUGUAUAACUGUCUGUCAAUGAGGAGGUAAAAGAAAAGAUUGUCAGUUAUUGUCGAUGUCGUUGUUUAGUGAAGAUAAAUAUCUGUUUCCAUCGUAGUGUAUUUAUUCCAUAUUCAGAGUCAUUUUUUAAAAACAAAUAGUCUUUCCAUUUGAAAUAUUCAUUGUGUUGAAAAGGAUCAUUUUACAGCUGGUGCUGCUGUUGGUAUUUAUAAUAAACAGUCUGACACACCAGUGUAUUUUUAACCAUUUUCCAGGAACAUUAUUAUCAUGUUUAUCUGUUAUUAGUCUUGUGAUUAUCACCUCCUCACCAAAAUCAUCUCACAUUGGCAGACCCGUGAUUUCACCCCCUUCCACUCAAAGAAAAACAUUGUGACUAGUUUCAUUUGUAUGACAGUGAUGGUGUUGAGGAUCAUAGCCAAAACAUCAGCUAUAACAUAUUAAAACUGACAGUUUGUUGAAAUAAGGCUCGAUGUGGAUAGAUUCGGACAUAACGACCAGUCCCCAUCGCCCUGAGAUGUCUGAGUUGUUUACAGGUAAACACAGGAGCAGUGUGAGUGCUCCCGUGUUUGCAAUUUAAACAACCAGGCUUGUUGUGGCUACACAGCACACAGGUGAGACAAUGCUUACACAUGGCAAGCUUUGCCUUUGGCCUAAUUUAGCAACAAAAGGAAGACACUGGUGAUACUUUCACUGAUCUCAGGUGGAAUAAAAACAGUUUGCACAAGUCACACGAGCGGUGACAAAUGUUCCAAAGAGAAUUACAGUACACGGCACAAAUCUCUUACUAAACACUUUUCUGGGUCUCUUUUUAUACUUUUCUGCUCUCUCUUGCUGCCUUCAUCUAUUUUGGACUGCCUCAUACCGGACUGUUUGCAUGAUCACAAGACAUUCAACACAAGGCUUACAGACAAGGGUUAUACUUUGCUGGAAGUCAGAACAAAAAAAGGUCCCUUUGUCAGGAGGGGAGCCAUAAUGUUCUUAAUUUCCUUGCAAUAUGAUUUUUGUUGCUGAUUGUUUUUCAGAUGGUCAAGUCAUCUUUUGGUUUUAAAAUAUUUAUUUUGAGUCAAACAAUGGUGCAGUAAUGUGAGGCAUACAUUUAGUUUAGCAAACAUAAGAUGAAACAGUGAGCACAAGAUGAUACCACUGCCAUAAUCCUCAAUGUUUUUAGUUUGUUAUACAAAAUAUGAUAUUGAAACAAUUAUUAAUAUGAGAUUUUAUGUAACUAAGUAACAUAAAACUAUGUAGAUUGAUUACACCAGCAUACAGGCACAAGGAUUUAAUCACUUUAGAUGAUGAUGUUCACUUCUUUAUGAAGCAAAAGUUGUAAUAAAUUCAGUGAUAUUUCACACAGUCUUCAGUCAUUACAAAGCUCCUUAUGUUGAGUGUACAUCAGUCCACCAUUCAAUCAGUUGGAUAUCUGUUACCGUAGCAGCAAAAUUGCCCUGACGAAUCUGAUUAAACGCUUUAAGCUCUAUUUCUGCCACCAUCUGUUGGUCGCAACAACGGAGAAAUAAGAUGUUCUGAAGGUGAAUGUCAGAUAUAUUUCACAACUUGAUAGCUACAGUUUUGUUCAUUGUCAUUUAAAUGCGGUCGAUAUGUUUAUUGUCCUCUCUGUAUCUAUUUUUUUGUACCUGAGCUGAAAAGACUGUUUGAUUCUUGAUUAUUAGGGUUUGUUUGUCCCUUGUUAAGAUUUCCCUGUGUAUUGGUUACCCAUCACUUGAAAUGAUUAAAGA